AUGACAACAUCAGCAACUUCAACAGACUUGUUGACAAAUGUUCAUGAUGUUUUAUGUAAAGAAUUUGAUGAAAAUUGCUACGUAGUACGUGGAAAAUACCACUAUUACCAUUAUUUGUGUGAUGAUUUCGACGACAGAGGUUGGGGAUGUGGGUACAGAACACUCCAAACAAUAUGCUCAUGGAUCAACCAUAACUAUAAGGAUAUAAAGAAGGUGCCGUCUGUAAGAGAGAUCCAAGAAAUCUUAGUUCAACUAGAUGAUAAACCUAAGAAUUUUUUUGGAUCAAGACAGUGGAUUGGCAGUUUUGAGGUAUGCCUUGUGAUAGACAAGUUGUAUGAUAUUCCAUGUAAAAUCAUUCAUGUUAACAAGGGUGAUGAAUUAGAGAAAAUAACAGAAACUUUGAAAUUACACUUUGAAAAUUUUGGAAGUCCUGUCAUGAUGGGUGGAGAUAUUGACUGCUCUUCAAAAGGCAUAAUGGGAAUACGGGUUUUAGGCAGGAAUACAAGCCUAUUAAUAGUGGAUCCUCACUACGUUGGAAAGGAGCAAUCUAAAGAUUUUUUAAAAAACAAAGGAUGGGUGAAAUGGCAGCCGUUAAGUGACUUUUUAAGUACGUCCUUUUACAAUCUGUGUUUGCCACAAGUAAACGCCGGAUCUGUAAAUUCAUAA